CUACUAGCCAAAAAAUAAUUAAUUGCAGAGUGCCAAGUAUUAGCUUAGAAGGAUAGUUAAGACCUUCCAAUGGGUUGCGUUGUUUAAUUUUUGUUAAGAUCCUAAGACAUUUUAGGUUGUCUUAGAUAGAUUCUUUUCCAAGGUUCCAAAAUUUCCAUUUGCCUUGUGAGAAUUCCUAACCAAUUUGUGAAUGAAUCCAUUAAGGGUUAUUGGGAAUAUAAUAUAUUUUAGACGACCUAUGCAGAUCUAGUGGGGGUUUAUUUUUUUGGGAAAGUAUGGGGAGCCAAUGGAAUAUUUGUAUAAUGAGUACAAUGGAGGUUUAGGAAGUAUUAGAGAUAUAACCAUUAGUAUUACCCUUUUUCAUCAGCGUAAGCCUCUGGGAUGAGUUGUAUCAUGACACGGUAUUAGAGUUCUAGAUCCGAAAGGUCAAGAGUUUGAUUCUUGAUAAACUCUAAAAUCAGCUUAAGAAUAAGCCAUUGGCUCCCUAGUUUAUUUAUUUUUUAAUGGACUCGGUAUAUUAUCUAUCUAUCUAUCAUGAAGCUUAAUUUGGUUAGACAUAAAUAAUCUGUAUUAUUUGGCCAUUUGGGUGUACAUAGAAAAAUAUAAUACGGGAUUAUGCAAUAUGACUAUGUUCAUUUAUAAUCUCCAAUAUAUAAUCAAAAUACACACAAACAACAUAAUAGAGAAAGGUCAGGUCUGCAAGAUUCUUUUCGUUGUUGGGAAGCAUAUAAUAUAUUAAUCCAUAUAUAAAUAUCAUUGUCUAAUAUGCAUGCAGUAAUUAAUCAUAACAAUGACAACAACAAUGGCAACAAGCACAAAGGUGCACAAUCAACCACCACCGCCAGAAAUACGUUUCAGGCCCCUACUACUUUCCGACCUUGCGACUCUGCUGCAUAUUCAUGCCAAAAUAUUCCCCCACGGGAAUGAUGAAGACCCUUCAUUAUUUUACGAACAAAUGUUAUCAAAUGAAGAUUCUGACAAGAUGAUGACAUUGGGAGCUGUUGACAGUAGUAGGCCAGAUGAUAAAAGUGAUGAAAUCAUUGGAUACGUAGUCACAACUAAAAUUGUUAAUGCAAGCGACAGUGAGUUAGCGGAUAAUAUAGUUGCAGGUGAGUCGUCAGAUAAAUUAGACAAUAAGAGUUUGGUGUAUGUUAUGUGGCUGGGAGUAUUGGAAGCAUAUAGGAAUCGAGGAAUAGGAACUUAUUUGAUGAAGGAGGUUAUAGAGUAUGCUUCGAAGAUUCCAACUUGCGUGGGCAUUUACCUGCACGCAGUUGCUGAGAACAAGGCAGCAAUUAAGUUGUACAAGAAAAUGAAGUUCAAGUGUGUUAGAAGGUUAAGGAACUAUUAUCCAAUCAACGGCAAGCUUUAUGAUGGAUUAUUAUUCGUCCACUGUCUUAAUGGUGCACGCUGUUAUCGCUCACCAAAGUAUAUAUUCGUUAACAUAUUUAUAGAUGUUGUGACAUUAAUGUUGGGGCACGUGAGGAGUGGGUUGAAGUCAGCGGGUACUAGGCUGCGCAAGAUUAAACAAGAAAGGCAGCACCGUUCAUGAACAUAUUUAAAUUCGUUCUUUUUCUUCUUUUAUUUAUUUAUUAUUUACUGUAUAAUUCAAUAGAAAAAUUUCAUCUUACAAAUGAUUUGGUAGUGCAGAAUAAAUUGUGUAUAUAUAAUAUAAUGUUUGAGUAAAUCACAAUCCCUCUCUCCCUCUUUAUUUUCCCCCUUAACUUGUGUCACAAGCUGAUUUCUUGAAAAAUACGAUUAUAGGAUUAUAUUGUUUAAAUAAAUAAAGAAGAGUAAAUAGUGAAAAAAAAAACAAUAGGGGAGAUUCGUUGCGUUGCUGGGGAUAGA